UCAUAAACAACCACAGAACCACAAGUUGGGUAGCCUGGCAGUGUCAGAAGUCUAAGCCCGGCACAGUGGUCAGCAGGCAGGACGAAUCACACUGAAUGCAAACCACAGGCUUUCGCAGAGCGGUAAAAGAAAUCAUCGAAUCCCCUCGCCUUCAGAAGAGGUGCAUUUGCGAAAGGAAGCGAUGGCUUCGGACAGCAUUUUUGAGUCAUUUCCUCCAUACCCACAGUGCUUCAUGAGGGAUGCCAGCACAAGCCGCCGCUUCACGCCGCCUUCCACCGCGCUGAGCCCCGGCAAGAUGAGCGAGGCGCUGCCGCUGGGCGCCCCGGACGCCGGCGCCGCCCUGGCCAGCAAGCUGAGGAGCGGCGACCGCAGCAUGGUGGAGGUACUCGCCGACCACCCCGGCGAGCUGGUGCGCACCGACAGCCCCAACUUCCUCUGCUCCGUGCUGCCCACUCACUGGCGCUGCAACAAGACCCUGCCCAUCGCCUUCAAGGUGGUAGCGCUGGGGGAUGUUCCAGACGGCACUCUGGUCACCGUCAUGGCAGGCAAUGACGAGAACUAUUCAGCAGAGCUGAGGAAUGCCACCGCAGCCAUGAAGAACCAAGUGGCAAGAUUCAAUGACCUCAGGUUUGUCGGUCGGAGUGGUAGAGGCAAGAGCUUCACUCUGACCAUCACCGUCUUUACAAACCCGCCACAAGUGGCCACCUACCACAGAGCCAUCAAAAUCACAGUGGACGGCCCCCGGGAACCCCGAAGACAUCGGCAGAAACUAGAUGAUCAGACCAAGCCCGGGAGUUUGUCCUUUUCCGAGCGGCUCAGUGAACUGGAGCAGCUGCGGCGCACGGCCAUGAGGGUCAGCCCGCACCACCCAGCCCCCACGCCCAACCCUCGGGCCUCCUUGAACCACUCCACUGCCUUUAACCCUCAGCCUCAGAGUCAGAUGCAGGAUGCGAGGCAGAUCCAGCCGUCCCCACCGUGGUCCUAUGAGCAGUCUUACCAGUACCUGGGAUCUAUCACCCCCUCUUCCGUGCACCCCGCAACACCCAUUUCACCUGGACGUGCCAGCGGCAUGACAAGCCUCUCUGCAGAACUUUCCAGUCGACUUUCAACGGCCCCGGACCUGACCGCCUUCGGCGACCCGCGCCAGUUCCCCACGCUGCCGUCCAUCUCCGACCCGCGCAUGCACUACCCCGGCGCCUUCACCUACUCGCCGCCCGUCACGUCGGGCAUCGGCAUCGGCAUGUCGGCCAUGGGCUCGGCCUCGCGCUACCACACCUACCUGCCGCCGCCCUACCCCGGCUCCUCGCAGGCGCAGGCCGGGCCCUUCCAGACCGGCUCGCCCUCCUACCACCUGUACUACGGCGCGUCGGCCGGCUCCUACCAGUUCUCCAUGGUGGGCGGCGAGCGCUCGCCCCCGCGCAUCCUGCCGCCCUGCACCAACGCGUCCACGGGCGCCGCGCUGCUCAACCCCAGCCUCCCCAGCCAGAGCGACGUGGUGGACACCGAGGGCAGCCACAGCAACUCGCCCACCAACAUGCCGCCCGCGCGCCUGGAGGAGGCCGUGUGGCGGCCCUACUGAGCGCCGCCACCGAGGGACUGAGCCCGGCCCCCGCCCGCCGUCCAAGCACAGACCCCCGCCAGGAGGGCCCUCGGAGGCCAACAGGAAGAUGCCCGGAGGGAAACUGUGAAUGCUUCUGAUUUAGCAAUGCUGUGAAUAAAAGAAAGAUUUUAUACCCUUGACUUCACUUUUUAACCACGUUGUUUAUUCCAAAGAGUGUGGAAUUUUUUUUUCUUUCUUUUUCUUUUUUUUCUUUUUUUGGCUCAGGGGCGGGGAAGACGCAGCUCAUCCUGUUUUGGCAUCUAUUUCUCAUUUAGGAGUUUCUUUUCCGCACCUUAUCAAUUGCAAAAAAAAAAAAAAAAAUCGUGUUUGCAACUGGGUGGUCGUUAUUUUUAAACAUGUAUAGAUUUGAGCUUGCUUCUUUCUUCCUUUGACCAACUGAAAGACACGGUUCCCUACUCUGUAAGGUUUAUUUAACUUUUAGACUUCCAUGUAGCUGGGGGUUUUGUUUGUUUUUGUGUGUGUGUGUGUGUGUGUGUGUGUGUUUUGUUAAAGAGACAGCUACAGUUUGGGUCAUUUUUUUAACUACUGUAUUUCCACAAAGAAAUCCCUAGAUAUUUAUGUAUCUCGAUGUUUGAACAUUUACAUAUGUGUUGAUACUUUUUUAAUUAUUUAAAUGUACUUAUAUUAAGAAAAAAUAUCAAGUACUACAUUUUUCUUUAUAAUAGCCAAAGUUAAAUGUUAUUGCAUUGAAGAUGGCUGGAAAAAAAAAAGGAUGGGUUAUGUGAUCACGUGGCUUUCUAGAGAUAUUGUUUACAUUAAACUCCCUCCUAUGUUAUUCAAACAAGUUGGUAGCUAAUGCAGCAAUGUUUUUAAUCGGAUUUUAGACACUGAGGGUCACUCCAAGGUCGUAAGUAUGAAAUUUUCUGCCAGGCUCAACAAAGGGUCUCAUACCUAGCUCCUUCCCUUAAAAAAGAAAGGCAAAGAAAGCUUUGCUGGGAGUUCAGAGAGGCGCCAAGAUUAUAGCUCUGAGGAGGAUCGCUUUCUCAUUCGGGCAGGCUGCAUAACAGAGCUCAUCCAGACAGGCGGUUGGGCAGGGGUUUAGUAUUUACCUAGACCCCCAAAUCAGUGACUAUGAUCCUUUAAUUGCCUUCCAUUAAUAGCACCUGCUCACUGGUGAAAACCAAAACUCGUGGCUGCAUUCCCAAAGAUCCAAGUAAAAGAAGCAAGACCAGGUGCCAAAGGCUGAGUUUUAAGAGAGUGUGCCCCAAAGCCUGAAGGAGCCAGUUUCCCUUUACCUGUCUUAGUGAGAUGGUUGUGCGAGAGGGCGACUCCGGAAGCAGCUCACUCACCAGCAUCUUUGAGUCGCCUCAGCCCGGCUGAGCCCCAGCCUCUGGGGUUUGUGCACUUUAUCUGUGCAGCAGCAUGAUAGGAGAGAUUCCUGUUUGCAGUCCAUGGCUACAGCUCAGAUGCAUAUCACAUCACUGUAAAUGUAAUGGCACUAUUGGUACAGUGGAGGACUUGGUCAAAAUCCAGUUGUUCUACAACUGAUAAAUCCUAACUGCUGAUUUUGACAUAGGUGUGCUCAAAAUGAUCUGGUUGUUCUUAAUGUACCUCUUAAAUUAGUUGAAAUGAUGUCAGGUCAACUCUGAAGAACGUUUGAAAGCAGGACUUCAGAACAGUGUUUGGUUUUUUUUAUUAUUAUUUUUAUAAAUUUAAGCAUUCAGAUUAGAUCUUUGGCUGCAGGCAGCAAAACCAGCUGGACUUAUUUAAAAAACAACUUGUGUUUUGAGUUAUCUAUAUGUAUAUCUAUCUAUAUAUUGAUUCUUUGUUUUACACGGAGCAGCAGCACUUUGGUAAUAGGCUAACUUGUGAUGGCAGGUUGUUCUUAUCUGGAGAAGACCCAUUGGAGAUCUGGAGAAACUCAGACUAGAUUUUCACAUUACACAUAACUUCCUCCUUCCUUCAAUUUUACUCAGCUAUUCCACAGGACAUGUGUGCAGCUAUGCUGUCAUCAAGAAAAAAAUAAUUUAAUUUAUGAAAAGGACCAUUAGUUUAUUUUUCCAAAAUUAGAUGUUUCAUUUAGCAUAGGUUGCCAUACCAGCCCUGAAAAAAAAAAAAUGCUAGGGAAAGACAAAGGAAAAAGAUUUUUUUUUCAUAAUAAUUGUGGUAUGGGAAGAAAUUCUAACCAUAAGAGAGGAACCAGAUAAUCACAAACAUGGAACCUUUGCACUGGAAACCAUGCAUCAAGAGGCUUGUCACCUUGUGGAAGGUCUGGUUUUGUGCUUUCUAAACCUUUAUCAGCAUAUGUAGUAUUUGGUCAUUUCAGAAAAAAAAAAUCAUGCACUCACUGCUUCGAAAGUAGAUUCCAUACAGCACAUAUUUUUCUGCCUGAGAAAUUGUGUUCGUUGCCUUCAGGGGCAUGAAGGUGCCACCUCGUUCACUGUCUUCAGGUAAGACCCACAGGCCAGUUCUGAGGUAACUGGGGCUGUUGGGAAUACUGGUCCAGGAAAAGGAGAACAGAACAGUUGUUUCUACUGUUAUAAAGGCCUAGUUAUGAUUUUAACACAUACCUAAUUCCUUCUGUUUUUCUCACCCUCUGUUCUCCCCCAAUAUCUUUUCUCUCUCUUCUCUUCCCUCCUCCAAACUCCACCUUCCUCCUCCUGCCUGGUUUCCAAGGAGCCACCAUGCAUGCACACACACACACACACACACACACACACACACACACGCUCGCUCUCUCUCUCCCCCAUACCAAGUGUUCAGAACACGGAAGGUUCAGUUCUUUUCCAUUUGCAUAAAGAACAGGGUGAGUCAGCCAUUCUCUUGCUCAUGGGUUUCUCCCAGCAGAACAGAGGCGUUGCCAGCCAUUUUGAAUCUGCUUGCUGUGUGGAUGACAGCGAAGCUCCACAGAUCACAAUCCGGGGCUGAGUGGCUGGCACAGCAUCUUGUGCAGACAAACACACGCUCAGACUUCACAUGGCCUCAACUGAGGAUUGUAGAUUUCUUUCUUGAAAUAUCUUUUUUGCCUAGGACAUUCUGUCCUAGGGGUUUUGGGGUUUGAUAUUAUUGUUAUUAUUUUGGUUCUUUUUGUUUGCAGCAGGAGGCAUGAGAUGUUUAGGGUCUUUUAUACAUGAAAAUAAACGGUUUGACAGCAAUCUCAGAAUAUUUUUCCAUAUCUGAACAAAAUGCCUUUUUGUUUACUCUAGAGUAUACAUUUGUUUGAGGGUUGUGGCUGGUUAGUCGGUUACUUGUUUGGAAUAGCUUCCCUCUUUCAGCCAGGUCAGUAUUGGCAAAGCUGAUCAGUUGUCUUUUUUUAUCCCUCCCUCAGAAGAAUUGUAUCAACAAACUCAAUUGUAUUUAUGUAUGUAAAUAGAUUUCAAGCUUCAUUAUAAAAUAUUGUUAAUGCCUGUAAUAACUUUUUCCACUUUUUGUGUGUGUUUCUAAGGACUUUUUCUUAUGUUCGCUAAAUAUUGUAGAAGAAAAAUGCUUUUCUCCACUUGUUUAUUUUAGACUUAAAAGAACUACUUCUUAUUCACUUUUAUAAACAGCUAAUAAACAGCAUGGUUCCAAUUUUUUUUUUAAUUUUUUAUGUCCUAGGAGGAAUGAAUGUGAAAAAAAUCUCCAAAUGAACUGUUGGGUAUUUCUGUUACUCUGGAUGUACAAAGAUCAAUGGAAAAAAAUAAACUUCCAAAUUUAAAUGACAGCAAAAUACAUGUAUUGAAAAGCUAAAAAGGAAAAUCUCAGAAAAUGCAGUUCUUCGGCCUCCAGCAACUGCCCUGUCAAGGGGCAUCCCGAAAUCCGUGUGUAGUCCUCUCUCUCCCUGGCACUAACAUACAGAACACCUCCUAAGCAGCGCUGUCAGGCUCAGGUCUUAAAUCACACUAGAUAGGAGAGAAUGUUCCAGAUCCCCCUCAGGAGCCCAGGAAAGCGGACACCCAUUGCCGCUGUCACUGCACAGUCAGUGAGCUGGGCCCGUGCUCUUGGGGUAUCACGCACAGCCAGUGCGGGGCAGCCCUAAGUAUUAAAGGGUUCCUUUCUUUGUACUACAGUCUUUUCUGUAACUUCAAUAUUAAAACCCAUAUGAAUGGCAAAUAAACAAUUGGACAAGCA